AGGUCAUACAGUUUUGGCUAUCAGUAAAAUACCCAUUUUCAGACCAGCCACUCCGUCACUGCUAUAGGGAUACCAGACUGUGUUAUUGUGUUUUUACGCGCGCGUUUUCUAACGAUCGAUUGAUAAGACACGUUGUUCUACGAGUAAUAACUACGGAGUCCUAUGCGUUCUAUUGUCCUAUAGAGGAAAUUCAUGGCGGGAUAAAUUGCCUAUAGAGUUGGUGAGGCGCACGCGCACUGUUGUUCGCACGCCAUACAUUACCAAGCUGUCAGAGUGCCAGCUGCGGCAGGCUUUUAAACGCUUGUUUUUACCACCACCAAUAUUCAACAACGACUACGAGUCUACAGUAAUAUUAUAUACACUCGAUAUACCGUCAACACCAGUCACCGAAACUACUUUACCAGUGUUUACCCACAACAUUUUACCAUUACAAAUUUACAACAGAAUUGAAGACGUUUGUUCACAGAGACUGCUUCAAUAUCGGAUAAGAUAGAAUUUCGUUGAUAGUGCAACUGUAUACGCUUAUUCCAAAUAAGUGCGCACCGUGUAUACGUAAUAUUAAUAUAUAUUACGUAUAUAUGUGUGUGGUGUGUCGUAAACUGUCGAAAAACGCGAAAUGGAAUUAUAAAUCCUCGUCGUCGCCCGCCGCGUACGACGCACGUUCGAUCACGCCUUAUUAUUGUUUCGGUCGUCGCAGUCAUUUUUUACGCUUUUUUUAUCGUGUCGGUACACGUCGUCGUGUGCAUGUCAAUUUUUCUCCGUUUUUUCGAUAGACACGAGCCCGGGCGAACGUCAAGCGCCCGCUCUCCAUUGCAGCUAAUUUGGUCGUGUAACCGGAAGAGUAGACGCAAUCGCUCGCACGGGCUAAUAUAAUAAAAUAUUUUAAAUUAUUCAUCAUCGUCGUUAGUGUACGUGUGCUGUCGCUUUCCAGCGCGCGAUGACGUUAUUAUCGUCUACAAUCGCAUCCACUUCUCCUGUAGUCAAUAAUAAUAGCCCUCUCUGGGACCGCUACUUAAGUUGCCCAUCCGGUGGUCUUCGAUAGCUUUUCGAACGACCGCGCACCGUCGUCGGUCCUUUUCGCUUUUACGUCAUAGUCUGUCUUGUUUCUCACAUCGUUUUCUGGACGACCUCCCAAACGCUUGUUUCGAUCAGCAUGAGUGACAUCGUUGAGCAUAUAAAAAAAGAAAACAUCAUGUUGACGGCCAAUCCAGUUUCUAAUGUCUUGGGCAGUGCAACAGUUGAAGUACCAGCAACCGUAAGUAUUGUCGUCAUCUCUCUUAAAUUGUAUGCACAUAACUUGGAAAAACUUCUUUCGGUCAUUGAAUGGAUACAAAAAUCGAACGUUAUAUUUAUAACAUAAUACACAAGUAUUUAAAUACCGAUAUUAAUAAGGAAACAUUCACCUUUUCAUAAUUGACAUUUGAUAUUUCCUUAUACAUUAUUUCAACUAAACUUGCUUUUGAGGCAUAGGUAGGUAUAUUAACAACAUUGAAAUUAUUUUUCACAUUAAUCUUAUCAUAGAUUGGAUUUGAACUUAUUACUAUUAGGUGUAUAAGAUCUAUGAUCUAAUAUAUUUUACAAUAAAAUUAUCUUUAUUAUCAUUAUUUUAAAUAGUUAUAUUUUAAUUAAUAUUCAUUAGUUGAAACUUGAGUCAAAUAACUUAAAGUUUUACAGAUAAGUAUUGCCUACUUAAUUAUCUACUAUUUGAAUACCUAUAUAUUAUUAUUUAUCUUAAUUCUGUUGAUUCUUUGUUAAAACGUGGGUAUUAUCAUUAAUAUAAUUUGUAUAUUACUUUUAUACAAUCUAACUUAUCAUGUUACCUGUAUAAAAGAAAGUUGAAUAGUAGACAAGAAUUUAAAAGUUUUAUCUUCUAUGUUUUGAUGACUUCAGUUCAGAACAUAAAUGUCAUAACUCUCUAUGUAUUUACAUAAAUAUAGAAAUAUAAUAAUUUCAUGUAAAACUUUUUUUUCAGGCUUAUAGAAUGUGUAAUCCCCCAUAUGCAUCUAUUGGAAAUUCCAUAAUAAAACCAGGUUUGCUAAUAUUUUUGUUAUUUAUAUAGUUUAUCUUUAUAAUUAAAAUCUUUUAAUUAAUUAUUGCUACAACUUUGUUUGUAUUCAUAUUUUUAAAUCAAGAAUAUGUCUUAUCCUUUUAUAAAAAUGUAUUCAUUUUAUUAUGUUUUCUAUUGAUAAGGGAUACCAAAAUUAUCAGCUUGUGAAGUUUCUGAUGAUGAUGUCAGUAUAUGCCCUGUAAUUUUACAUCCUACCAAGCAGUUGAGUUCACCUGUAAGUAAAUACCUAAAAUCUUAAUUUGUUUUUUUAUUAUACAUUUUUAAAAUUAGUUUAUAAUUUUUUUUUUAAUUAUAAAUUAUAUUCAGACUAGAAAUUAUAUUAGUUAUGUUUUUUGUUUUGAUCCUAGAAUAUAUAUUAUAAUUUUGACUGUAAAAUUACCUUUAUAUUAUAUUAAAUGUUUUUUAUAAUAAAACAUAAUAUACUUAGAUUCUGACUUAGUAGAAAAGCCAAUAGUUUGAUAGGUAGGUAAUGAUUAUUUUCAUUUGAUACCUAUAUAAUUUUUCCAAACUAUAACAGUAUCAGAAUUGUAUAUUGUAGAAACCUUAUAUUGUAUUUAUGUAAAACACAUAAUUUUAAAAAGUUUUUAUUGGAUAUAUGUAUUACUGGAAACUAAAAAUUAAAUACCAUAUUUGUUCUGUAAAUGAUUUAUGUUCUAUAACUGAUGACCCGUUUUAAAUAUUUGUAAAUUUUUUGUUCCUUUUAGACUUAUUAUUUUUAAAUAUUUGGUAUAUUAUUUGUGGCAAUUAUAGAAUAUUUUAAUCAAAUAUAAUAAUAUAACAGCAUAUUAAUUAUAUAUGUUUUCUUUGAAUUUUUGCAUAUUUAUAUAUAUAUUGAAUUCUGAUCUCUUGUUAUGACUUAUUAAGUCAUUAUAAAUAAUUUUAUUUGUAUUUUAGGUUCAAAUUAAAACUGAAAAUCUUAUAAAAACUAUUGGAUUUUCUCCUGCACGAUCUCAAUUAACAUCAGCUCAACCACAAAAUCAUAUUGUUACAUCAUCAAUACAGCGUUCCAUUAUGGAAUCUCAAAAUAUUUCACCUCUUAUAAUAACACCUAAACCCAUUCACACAAAUAAUGAAAUUGUUCCUGCUAAAGUAAGUUUAUAUUGAUAUUAAUGUAUUUUAGAUGUAAUUAAAUAAUUCCUUUUUUUUUCUAAUUGUUACAGAUUGUUCCAUUUCCACCUGAUUCACAUUUUUCUGUAAUAAACAAUUCAAAUUUGGGUAAUUUAAAUAGAAUUGCAUUGUUUAUAGUAUUGUAUAUUUUUGAUUUUGUAUAAUUAAAUAUAUUUUGGUUAUAGGUUCUUAUGAUAACCUACCUGUAUUUAGUGGUACUAGACCAAGCUUGUUGUCUGGUACACCUCCAAUUUAUACACAGAGUGAUUUUGCUCGCUUUCCUCCUAAAAGUUACCCUAUUAAAAGUUCUGUUAUUAAUCCUGCAGUGAUCCACGGUAACUAUUAAGAUGAUAUUUUUAGUUAAUUUAUUGUAUGGUAUAAAUUAUAAUUUGUAAUAAAAUGUAACAAUCAUAAAUGAUUUUACUAGGUCCUAUUCAUGAAAAUAAUGAAGACAUAUGUUUAAAUAUACCUAAUAGUCAACAUUUGUUUAAACCAAUUAUUUCACCAAGACCAAGCAUUUUGCGUAAACGUGAUGCAGAUGGGUAAGCAUUUAUUUUUUUUUUCUGAAAAUUUUUCUACCAGGAAUCUUGUUCUAAUCAUCAACUUUAAGGUUGUGUUCUAGAAGUAAUUAUUGUUUGGUUGGUGUAAUGAUUAUGUUGAUUUCCCUGUAGUUUUCUAAAUAACUUAUGCUAAAAUGGUUUUUGUAAUUUUUUUUAUUUGUUUCAUGGUAUAAUUUGAUUUACAAUAAUCACAGAAAUUUGUAGUUUUCACCCAAUACUUAUAUUACUUCUUUCUAAUGUAAAAAAAUCUAGUGAUUUUUUGAGCUUUUAUAGCCAUAAUAUUUAUAACAUAUUUAAUAAUAUUUAUAGUCUAACUUCUCUACUAUUAAAACCACAUUUAAGCUGCCUCUAAUGUACUCAUCCGUUACCUCAUUAUUAUUAUUAUUAUUAUUUUGCUUUAUGGGCUAUUAAUGCCUUUCAUAGCUUCUAUUAAUCUUCUCUACAUGUCAUAGUCAGUAGCGGUCUCAAUGCCUUACUGUUCCAUCUAUCAUUCUUAUAUCUGCAUUGACUCUAUCUUUCUACUGUUGAGGUUUUCUCUUGGGGCGCUUACCAGUUGGUUUAUUAAUCAUUACCUUCCGGAUUAUGCCUCCUUCAGUACUCCAUCUAUUCUAAAUGCUUGCUCUCAGAAAGCAUUUAAUAUUUGGUCUGUUGUAUAGAUUCCAAGAUAGUAUUUUUUCUCUUUUCAUAGUCCCCAAUUGCUUCAUUUCUGACAGAUCCAUAUAUUUUUCUCAGUUCUUUCUUCUCAAAGAUAAGAAGUUUAUCCUUAUCUCCUCGAUCAUUGGUCACAGACAAGAUACAUAUAUUUUUCUCUUAAGAGCAUUCUUGAACUUAACAAUUUGUUCAAAGAGAAUUAUGCUCUCUAAAUAUGAUUCUAAGUAUGAUUCACCGAGUUUAUUUUAAGUUUAACUGCAUUAUGUAAAUCAUUUUUACCGUUGAUAAUAACCCCCAUGUACUUAAAAUCAUUAACCUGUUCUAAGAUGUAUGAUCUGACUAUCGGAUUGUUCUUAAUGGGCAUAAUUGUGGCGUUUUAUUAGUGUGCAAAUGUUUUUGCUUCAUCAAUUUAAGACCCAUUUUCCAAUUGAAUGCAGUGAGGCUGUAUUCUUCCUCACAUUUCCAUUGAGCUCCAUUACUCAGUCAUUUCUUACAUCUCUAACAACUUGUUCAAGGGGUAAGGUUAGUUAAACAAAAUUGAAGAGAGGGCAUCUCCCUGUUUUAACCCCAAUUUUACUUCGAUAUGGGGGUAUAGCUCCCCCUACCACUGGAUUUUGCAAAAUAUGUUUGAGUUGCAUGUUUUAAUUAUUCUUAUUCAAUUAUUCGGGAUACUUAGAUUUAUCAAUGCAAUCCAUAAUUGGUCUUUAUUUAUUUUGUUGUAAGCUUGCUUAAAAUCAACAAAAUCCACCCUUCUAUUAUAUUCAUAGUAUUUCUCAAUAACUUGUUGAAUAGUAAAUAUGUGGUUUGUUGUUGAUUUCCCUCCUAUAAAUUCUCUUUUUCUGGUCUUUGGAAAUUAUCAGAAACAAACCUUGUAGGUUGUAUCCAAAAAAGAAAUUCCUCAAUAGUUUUCGACUUUUGUUGGGUUUCUUUUUUUGAAUAUUCCACAAAUGAUUGUUAUAUUCCAGUCUGUUUUCUGUAUUCUUAUUUUUUUUUUCUCUAUUUGUAUUAACUCUGAAUUCAUGUUGUCCUCACUAGGUAUUUCAUUAUUUUUUAUAGUUUUAACUUCAUUUAAUGUUGGUUUUUUAAUUUCUGGUUCUGUACAGUAGAUUAUUUUUUUGUAGGAUGUCAUGUUAUCCUGCAUAUUGUUUAAAAUUCUCUUAAAAAAAUGUUAAUCAUCUAUGAAAUAUAGGACAAUUUUCUUGUUGUUUAUUAUGAGAUUACCCUGGUUGUCCUUCAUUAUUGAUGCUUUUGCUUUGUAGCCUUUGUUUAAAGACUUCCACUUCUUAAAAAAUAAACUAGGAUUCUUUUUGAAUAUUUCGAUAUUCUCUAUAAGAUUCUUUUAUUCCGUGUUAAUAUUUUACAUGCUUGAGAUCUUGCCUUUUGAUAUGACUGUAUGUUCUCUUGUGUAGCAUUUUGUAAUACGUUAAUCUGCAUAAGUUAUAAGCUUCUUGACUGCUUCAUGAAAUUUUGUACUAAAUCACUUAAUUUUUUUUUUUCGAUUCCAAGACUUGCAAGUUUUUUGUUGCUUCAUUUAUUUUUUUUUUGAUCUGUACCUAUGUUUUUCAAUAUCAUUAUCAUUAUGUGGCACACUUUUCCUAUUAAGUAUGUCAGUCAAUUUACUUUGGUAUUGUUCUUCUACUGGAUUUCUCCUCUUAUCUUAUAAUAUUAUUAAUUAUUUAUAUUAUUUCAUUAAUAUAGAAUGCUCCGGGGACAGAAACAUCUUUUACCAAUCAUAAAGCCUGAUCCCGAAGACUGCCAAAAUGUGGAAGAAACAACUAUAAACAGAAAUGGAUUUAGUGAAACUGGUAUAAAAAUAGAAUCAAUUAUGGUACCACAAAUUCCAGAGGCAGUAUUACCACAAAUUUCUGCCCUAUCUAGACAAUCCCAUAUUAUGGUAGAAAUCAGUCCACGAAAAAAACCUCGUAAACAAUUGUUGUAAGUCUAUUAACUUAAUCUGUUUUUUUAAAUAUAUAGAACCAUCUAUUAAAAUACUUUCAUUUACUAAUUUACUUACAUAAAACAGCCCAAUUUUAUAUUAUAAUUACCAGGUGAUCCAUUUAAGUGGGUACUCACAUUAUUUUAGAAAGUAUAAACUUUUUCAGAAUUUGUUUUUUAGAGCAUUUAAGAAUCAAGUAGCUAGUAUUAAUUAAAAUAAAUUUUUGUGUUGACUUUUUUGAUUGCUGCCAAUCUGUGAACAAGAUAUUUCACAGAAGAGUAGUGGUGUAUCAUUUAUGUUAAUAAUGCACCACCACUCUCCCCCAACCCAAAAUUAAAAGUAGAAUAUCUCGUCAACAGCUAGACAGAAAUUCUAAAUUUUAACACACAAAUUUAUUUUAACUAAUAAUCCAUCUAUUUAUGGACUUUUUAAUACAGGUUGCUAUUUGAAAAUCAAAAGUAUGUAGUGUUUUUGCCCCUAAAAAUAAGGGUGACAAAAAAUAACAUAAAUAUAAUAAUAUAGAGCUGCUUGUUUCUUAAAUGUUUUAAAAAACAAACUUCGAAAAAAGUAAAUACUUUCUAAGAUGAGUAUAACCACUUAAAUGGAUCACUCCAUAUAUAACUUCUUAAAAAAAAAAUAGUAAAAUUUGUGCAUACAAGUGGUGGAAGGGGUAAGUGUUGAAAGUUGAAACUUUUAAUAGGCAUACUAUCCUUAAAAUAUGAGUACACAAAAUAUCAUCCCUUGGCUUUGUUAGGAAGUUUAUAAGGGUGUAUAAGUUUAAAAAACACCUUAAACCAACAAAUGGUAUAAUCCAUAUUUAAAUUUAACCAUAACUUUUGUUACUUCAAUUAACACACUGAACAGCUUUUAAUUCCCUUAGUUAGAGCUCACUUGAUCUGGGUGGAUGUACAGUGUGCAAUGUUAGUUGGAAAAACUAUAACACUGCUUAUAUAAAAUAUAUUUGAUUUGAAUUUGUUUUUUUUAAUGCCUAUCAAACUUUGUUAUACACUUAUUAAACUAAUUAAAAUAUUUUGUGUCAUUUAAUUUCAUGCAUGCUCAUAACACUUUUUUUUAUUAAUUUUAAUGAUCAAACCAAUUUCUGAAUUAGGUUAAAAAAUAGUUGAGUUAUGUACAUUUUAAUUUAUAUAUUUGAUAUUAAUUUUUAACUUUUUAAUCAAUUUGAUGAGUUAAAUUAUUCAUUUUUACACAGUUUUUUACUUUGAUAGAGGAAUUAUCCUUUAUCAUAUCUUACUCUUUUCUUUCUUAUAAUUUGUUUUUAAAUGAUUAUAAAAAAAAAAAAAUUUUUAAUUUUAAUUAAAUUGCUAUUCAUUAUGAUUAAGCAUAUUUCUGACCUUUGUAGAAAUUCCAUACUUGUUGCAGUUAAAAUUCUUUUCUGUAGUUGGUUGAACAUACCUUUCAUUUAUUUUAUCUUUCAUACUAUGUAUAAUACUACACUAGUAUGUAACUAAAUCAGCUCACUCACAAAAAAAUUACCUACUAUACAAAACAAUUUUUUUUUUUGAAAGUCUAAUAGUUUUAUUUUACAAUGACACCAUUAUCUUAAAAAUGUCUUCAGCAUUUUUAAUUUGUUUUGUGAAAAUUGGUUAAGUCAUUUUAUAAAAAUAUGCCUUUUGUGGGUGAGUUGAUUUAGUUGCAUGGGAGUUUAGUUGGUUGUCUUAUGGUUUAAUCAUAAUAGGUAGCAGUUUGAUAAAUGUAUAAUAUAAAUGAAUAAUAAUUUGGAGCUAUAAAAAUUAAUUGUUAUAUAAAUACAUUUUUGAGGGGAGGGGGUAGGGAGUAUUAUCAGCCUCUAGGACCAUUCCAUUAUACAUACAGUCUUCCAUCCAGUUGCUCAAGCCUCCAUGUUCUUGUCCUUUCUCCUUGUCCUCCAGUCAUUAGUUAUACUAUCCUUCAUAGGUCCGAAAAUUUUCCUUUCAAAGACAAAAUGCUUUUCGUUUUCUGAAUUGUCCAAGUCUCUGUUCCUUAUGUAACAAUUGCACUUAUUAAGUAUAGUUAUAUGUUUAAAUUUACAAGUAUCGAGCUCCCAACAGCUUUAAUAGUCCGAAAAAGCAUUUGUUUCCAGUCUGGAUUCUCACUUCUAAUUCCUUUGUUUCAUUAUUUUCUGUUAAAAUCGUCCCCAGGUACUUGAACUGAUCCAUUCUACCAAAAUUAUAAUAUCCUAUACUUAAGAAGAGGCUUAAUCUUGCAUUGUUCUGUCUCCUUACAACCAUAUAUUUUGUUUUCUCCUCAUUGGUGCUUAAACCUAUUCUCACUGACUUUUCCAGCUGGCCAAAUAGUGACUUAUGUUCAUUUUGCAAUUCUGUUAAUAGUAUCAGUUCAUUUGCAUGUGCCAAUAGUCCUAUAUUGGGACCUUGUAAGUUAACAACUUUUUCCUAUGGAAUAUUAAAUAAUAUAGGCAAUAAAAAGUCUCCUAGCCUUUGUUCUUUCUUUACUGGUAUUUUUUUCGAUUUUGUAGUUCCUACUCUUCUUUUACAUAAGUUUCCAUAAUACUUGACUUGAUUAAAUUUAUCAGUUUAUGUGAGAAGUGGAACUCUACCAAGAUUGACAAUUAAAUUUUACAAGAAUAACAGGUUACGUGAUAAGAAAUCACAAUCAGCACAGUAAUUUCCUAUCUUUUAUUGAAAAUUAGUUGUUUUCACAUUUUUUUAGAAAUUAAAUUGGUUAUUACUCAAAUACUAUUGAUCAAAUAUAAAUGUAUGGUACAUUAAAAUUUUGAGAAAAAUAUAUUUUUUAUAAAAUGGCUUUUUUUUUCAAUGACUAGGAUGAUAAAAUAAUUAUUUUUCUCUAAAUAUUGUCCUACUGACUCAAAAUCCGACUGAAAUAAAUAAAAUAAAUAAUUAUAGUUCAUAUAACACUGUAGAACAAUUUGUAUGUAAAAAUUCCAUAAAUAAAUGUUGUAUUAGUAUUAGAGAUACAUUUUAGUUUUGAAAUUUUUAAGGAGAUAACAUUGACAAGAUAAUCCAUUUAUGGAUUAAAUUGAGAGUGACCAGUUACAGACAUAUCACUGUCUCUAUAAUACAUUAGUCUAUUUUCAGAGAAAAUUUAACAAAAUGAAAUUAUGUAUAACAAUGAUUAUAUUUUAUUUAAAUUUGUUAAAAUAUAUUUUUCAGACCUGUGAAUCAAGAUAAUACAUUUCAAAUUAUUAAUGAUGAAAUGGAGUAUGUUGGAGAAAAUAAUAUAAAAAUUGAAAAGUCUGAAUAUUUUGAGGAAGAGGAAGGGUUAACUUGUGGUGUUGAUGCAGAUGAGGAUAUAGAUGAUGAUGAUGAUUUAUAUGAUGACGAUGAGAUGGAUAUUGAUGAUGAUUUUCCAGGAGAGGAUGAUUAUGAUCAAGAUGAUGAAUUUGAAAAUGAUUUUGCAGAUGGUGUGUUUUAAUAUUAUAUAAAUUAUGAGUAUAUGACUUAAAACAUUUAAAUUUAAUUUUAGGACUUGAGAUUGUUAUUAAGUCUGAGAAACCAAUCACUGAUGAAAGUAAACCAGCAGUUACCACUAGUGAUGAGAAUGCAGCCCCUAUAAAGGUUAAAAAUAAACGGCCAUCAUUAUUGGCACAUUAUCGAAGACCAUUGAGUGGGCAAUCCUACCAUUUUCUAAGGUAAAGUAUUGACAUUAUGAAUAAAAUCAAAGAAUAAUAAUAUUAAUAUAAUAAUAAUAAUAUAAUAUUAAUAAUUUGAUUUUAGGGAUUCUGAUUUCAAAAUUAAAGAAACUAAAAGGCAAUUAGCUGAACUAAGACAAACCCAAAGAUGGUUCCGUGAUUGUCGAUCUGGUUGGAGAGUAAAACGCAUGAUAAAACAAUUUGAAACAAUGGUAAAUCAGUGAAAAUAAUAAUUUUAAUAUUGUUUUCAUACAUU